CCUCAGGCUGGAAGUGACAGGCGUAGACGUCGGAGAGCCGAGGCGGUGGCCAUUUCUGGAGCCCGAGGUAGCACUUGCGAGGGAGGGAGGACCCAGGGCCUCCGGAUAGGGCUGCAAUGGCGGUGAGUCCCACCGGGCCGCCCCAUCCCGCAGCUCGCUAAAGAUAGCCCUUCACUUCCUGGGGUAAAACCACCCCCAACCGUCUUCAUGCACUGAGAAUAACUGAAGUCCCCAGCUCGCUCUCCAGGCUCCCAACCCUGUUAUCACCUGUCCCCGGGUCCUGCGCGUGAGGCAUGGAAAGCGCUUUGGAAUGACACGAUCACUCCCGUUGAGUGGGCACCCAAGAAGCCAUCGGGAAUGUCGUGUCCGCCCAGUGCUCUUUCGGCGCUUCCCAGCAAGGCUUUGCAGCCCUAGCCCAGAAAGGGGCCUUGCCAAGCUUUUCCUGCCCCUAGGAUCCUCUCCUUUCUGAGCUCUGGUUACUCUCACUGCGCCAGGGCAGAGAUCAGGGGUUUGCCAGUGAUCUGCUGCAUAGUGCUCUACUGUGUCAGCUUUAGUCCCCAUUAAAGAAAAGAGAAAAGGGUUAUCUAAGUUACAGUGAAGUGAAGACAUUCAGGAGCCCUGGUGGGACAGAGGAAAGAGCUUUCUCACUGGUAGAGGAGAGGGAUGCUCAAAGAACUGUUUUUAAGCUGGGUCUUCUCAUGGUAACGUUGUUUAUUUGACCCGCAAUGGCUGGCUGCCUAAACCAGGAAGUGUGAGGAUCCUUGUUAAAGUGCUUCAGGUUAAAGGAGAAAUAUUAAAAGCUUCUGGAAACCAUCAUGAUGGUUCUAAUUCCUCAAGAUUCAAGAGGAGAAAACCGGCAAUUCUAUCGGAACGGGCAUUUAUUAGGAAUAAACACAACUCAUAUCUCAAAGGAGGGAACGCUUGCAAAUAACCUGAAACUGGAGAACACAAAUUCUUUAAAAUGUGACUUUUUUCAGUAGGUCAUGAAAGUGGCUUUCAUGUUAGCUGCCCUAUUUCAGUGAGAAUCCACUUGGAACUUGUGACGUUUUGAUCAUGUGUAAAUGGAGGAAGUGAAACGUUAUCACAAAUACAUAAAUGUAAGACUUCGAUUCUUUCCCUGGUUGCUACUGUGGGCGACGGCGAAAGAACCCUAGGCCCGGAGCGGACCCCGAGAUUUCGGACCCGGGGCCGGGCCAGGCUGGUUGGUCACGCGAUGGGAGCGACGGGAUCAUCGGUCUAGCGCACCUGUCCGCUCGAGUGUCGCAGCCUGAGCCCCGCCCCAACAAGUUGGUCCCCCGCCGGAAGUUCGGCCUCGACAUUUUGCUUCCGGUUCCUCGCUUCCGGUCCCGUCCAUUCCUUCCGGUCGCCAUGCGCCUUGGGUUGGAGGAGACGCUGGGAGCCCUCAACGCGGCCUUGGGGCCUGGCGGCCCAGUGUGGUUCAAGGAGACACGCGCCCGCCACCUGCGUGCCCGAGACUUCUUGGCACCACGGCGCGCUCUGCGGGCGCGCUUCGGGGAUGACGAGCAGGUGCCCGAGCGCGUGGUUCACGCCAUCGUUGCCCUGCAGGGUCCCGGUGUGGCCCCAGUACUGCGCUGCGCAGCGACCCCUGCGGGGCUGGCGCUCCAGCUGCAGCGGUCCGCGGUUUUCGAGCGCGUCCUGGGCGCCGUGGCUGCCUAUGCCGCGCCCACCGUCCCCCCUGCACCGGGCCCGCGUGUCGUCCUGCACUGCCCGGCGCUGCGCGGCAGCCCCUGCGCCCUUCGCCUGAGCCAGCUGCGUGCCGUGCUCGUGGCCGACCACCUGGCGCGAGCUCUGCGCACUCACAGGGUGAAUGUGCGCCUAGUGCCCGCCGUUCGGGACCCGCACAUGCCGACCUUCCUGCAGCAGCUGCAGGUGGACUGGCCCGCGGCCUCAGAGAGAGCCGCGUCCGAAGCCCUGAGGAACCGCGCGCUUGCAGAGCUCAUUCCUGCCCGGAACGCGGAAGCCCUGCCCCCUGGCGCUCUGGGCCGAGUGUGCCUGAAGGAGCUGGUGGACGAACGGGGACGCACAGCUGGCUAUGACCCCAAUCUGGACAGCUGUCUGGCAGUGACGGAGGAUCUGCUCUCUGUGCUGGCUGAGCUUCAGCAAGCUGUGCAGGAUUGGGCUGAGGACAGCUGCCUAGGCCUGGCUGGGGCCCCAGAUGCUGGUGCAGAUAGCUGCAUGGUUGUGCAUGUGGUGAGCUGUGAGGAGGAGUUCCAGCAACAAAAGUUGGACCUGCUUUGGUGGAAGUUGGAUGACCAGGCUCCCCUCAGACAGAAGCACCUGGUCUGUGGCCCAGUGAAAGUAGCUGGUGCACCCGCCACCCUGACUGCCCCUGAGUACUACGAGCUCCGACAUGCCCAAGUGUGCAAGGCCUCAGCACUGAAGCAUGGCAGGGACCUGGCACAAGACCCAGCCUGGACAGAAAUCUUCAGUGUUCUCUCUGUGGCGACCAUUAAGUUUGAGAUGCUCAGUACAGCCCCUCAGAGUCAGCUUCUCCUGGCCCUGGCUGACAGCAGCAUUUCCACAAAGGGCACCAAAAGUGGCACUUUUGUCAUGUAUAAUUGUGCACGUCUCGCCACACUCUUUGAGGGUUACAAGUGCAGUGUGGAACAAGGUCUGUACCCCACUUUCCCACCUGUGAGCAGUCUGGAUUUCUCCCUGCUACAUGAUGAGGGUGAGUGGUUGCUGCUCUUCAAUAGUGUCCUACCCUUCCCAGACCUGCUGAGCCAGACUGCAGCCCUGGCCUGCACAGCCCCAGGACUCCACAUCGCUGUGCGCACAGAGAUGGUGUGCAAGUUCCUGGUACAGCUCAGCAUGGAUUUCAGCUCAUACUAUAACCGGGUACACAUCCUAGGGGAGCCUCGACCACACUUGUUUGGUCAAAUGUUUGCCCGUCUGCAGCUUCUGCGGGCCGUGCGUGAAGUGCUCCACACUGGGCUGGCCUUGCUGGGUCUCCCUCCACUGAGUCACAUCUAAAGCCACAGAGGCCCCAGUAUCUGGGAAUGUCCACAAAGUCAUCAACUGAAAGGAAAAAACCCCAGAGAUUUUGUUAGAGACCUGGAUCCAAAAUAAAUUGCUUCUGUGACAAAG